AUGUUCUUUAAGGUUUGGUCAGCAGUGAGGAGAUUUGAUCAACCUCAGAAGUAUAAGCCCUUUGUUAGCAGGUGCAUUGUGCGGGGUGAUUUUAAGAUUGGGAGUGUUAGAGAGGUGAAUGUGAAGUCGGGACUUCCUGCCACGACCAGCACUGAGAUGCUGGAACUGCUUGAUGAUCAGGAGCACGUUCUUGGCUUCAAGAUUGUUGGUGGUGAUCACAGGCUAAAGAAUUACUCUUCAAUCAUUACUGUCCAUCCCGAGAUAAUUGAUGGGAUGCUAGGAGCGCUGGUUAUCGAAUCAUUUGUCGUGGAUGUGCCUGAAGGGAAUACUCAAGACGAGACAUGCUACUUUGUGAAUGCUGUAAUAAACUGCAAUCUCAAAUCUUUGGCUAUUGUCUCAGAGAGUACGGCACUGCAGUUGCUCACACCCGUCAAUCGACUCUGA